AUGGAUGAUGAUGAACUUCAUGGAAGCAAUGGACGGAUGCACAUUGGAGAAGCGCAAGAUCCAAUGCAUCAUGUCCACUAUGGACAUCAUGAUUUGCAACACAUCCACAAUGGAAGCCAUAUGGUGGAUGAUCAUGCUGAUGGUGGUGCGAUGAGUGAGGGAGUUGAAACAGACGUUCCUUCUCACCCUGGAAACAUAACUGACAAUCGUGGUGAAGUUGUCGACCGUGGUAGUGAACAAGGAGAUCAGUUGACGUUGUCCUUUCAGGGCCAAGUCUAUGUUUUUGACAGCGUCUUGCCUGAAAAGGUUCAAGCUGUGCUUCUAUUAUUGGGUGGACGUGAAGUACCUCAGGCACCCCCUACAGGCUUAGGAGCAUCUCAUCAGAACAAUAGAGUUUUGGGACUACCUGGUACUCCUCAGAGGUUCAGUAUGCCACAGCGGUUAGCUUCUUUGGUCAGAUUCCGAGAGAAACGAAAAGAGAGGAACUUUGAUAAGAAGAUUCGGUAUACAGUUCGCAAGGAGGUAGCUUUGAGGAUGCAACGCAAUAAAGGUCAGUUCACAUCUGCCAAGUCCAGCAAUGGUGAAGCUCCAACUGCUGGAUCUAACUGGGGGCCUAAUGAAACAUGGGCUAUAGAAGGUAGCGAGGCUCAGAAUCAAGAAAUCUCAUGUCGACACUGUGGAAUCGGGGAGAAGUCAACUCCAAUGAUGCGGCGUGGACCUGAAGGGCCAAGAACACUUUGCAAUGCAUGUGGACUUAUAGACUUAUCCAGAGGAGCUCCUCAAACAGCCCAAAAUAUUGCGGUAAAUAAGAAUGAAGAUGCAAAUCUUGGGGCUGAUCAAAUGAUGGUAACGGUAGCCAAUGACAUAAGCAACUCACAGUGA